AUGCCGUCCGAUGUGGACCCGUCCUUCGCUGGCCAGCCGCCACCCUCGCGCUUGGUGUCGCCUCCCAUAGGCGACAAGAGCACUGGACCUGCGCUGCCCCCCCAGGCUAAUGUCACCAAGAACGCUCCGCCGAAGAAUUCGAUUCCCAUGAAGCAUGUGACGCGUGUGAGGCUGAACCCGACGACGCGCGUCGCCUCGGUGCCAGUGUCGCCGGUGCCGCCGCUCGCAGGCAUGCCCCCGGGCAGUGGCUUUCGGGACAGCUUCGUGCCGCGCGCCGCGACGACCGCGCCUACCUCUGCGCCACAGACCCACAGUGAUGAUCACCAGGUGGUUGAGGCCAUGCAAGCAGCCUAUCAGAAGACGGAGGUUCACCUCAAGGCCAUCGAGGCAAAGCUGAAUCUCCUGCACAAAGAGAUUCAGCGAACGGCAUCACCGGCGACGUCGCGCGAGCUACCGACGGAAGCGCUGGGCAACAACUCGACAGCCGAGAGUGUGCUCGGCUCUCUCGUCCCCAUCGCGACAACCGGUGCGCCAGGCAGCAAGGCCGCGGCUAAUCAUCAUCUGCAGCCGAUUCCGUCUGCAAUGGCGACGCCACUCCCACCCGUCCCACUGACGUCGGCGUCGACGUCGACCGUGGUAGCGAAGCCGAAAACAUCCGCUGCCACGUCGGCUGUCGUGGAAUCCUCCGCCACUGCUGCAGCUGCUACACCAGCCACCGCUAAAGCUAACCGGCAACAUAGCCCACUGGACCUUCACUUCGUUGACCACGCUGACAUACUCGACAGCCCCAACGCUAGCAUCGGCAGCGACUCGUCUUCGAACGACUCUAGCGAUAGCAGCAGUGAUGCAGGUCACACGUUACCGAAUGCUGCGCGGCACAGCGCCGGAAAGCCAGCGUUCUCACCUGCCCAGACGCCAGCUGCGGCUACAGACCACAGCGAGCCCAGCAACAGGACAGCGGCUCAGGUGCGGCAGAGAGUAGACCUCAAGGAUGUCUCGCAUGCGAACGCGUGCUCCUCGGCUGUCGCCGCCAGUGAUCGCCGGGCGAUGAGGUUUAGGGAGGGGGGUGAAAGAUCGAGGACAGCACACUCCUUUCCUGCUUCGCUGUCGUCGGCCACGCCGCCAGCCGACAGGGGCUCUACCUGGGGCACCGGCGAGAGAGGCGAGGUGGUGGCAGUGGGUCGUGAGUUUCGCCAAUUCUCCAGCCAGGCGAGCACGCUGACGGAUGCGAAGGUGUGCUUCUCUCUUGGAGAGUCUGGCAACCACGCGGUCGACAACGCCCAGGCGGUCGACAGACUCGGUGGCGUUUCACGCCGCCAAGCUAACGUCGUGAAGCACGUCCGAGAGAGGUUCUUCGCGCCGAUCCCACGCUUCGACGAUGUGCUUCCGCGCAACAAGGCGGGUCUGUUCAACAAACGCGACAUCGAGAAGCUAUUGCUACCCGGCGCGCCAUGCUCGUGGCUGUGCUGUGCGUCGCUGGCCAUUAGCUACGUGUCGAGGGUGCCGACGCCCGUGGAGAAGGUGCUGCGUGCAAACCGCAUGGGUGUGCACUACAUCUCCUUGCCUACCAUCACGCUGGCGGAGCUCUUCGACGUCGUGAGCGACUACAUCCACGUCUGCUACCACCGCACCGCGGUGCAUAAGAGCAGUUGUACGGAGGACGAGUUCGAGGACGACGCGGAGGCGUCGCGGUGUCUGAGCGAGGAUGAACUGAGGCAGCUGGCGCACAUACACUGCGAAAUGGCCACCUUCGACAAGGAAGUGCUAGACCCGGAGUUUGGCGAGGACAUGCAGGGGAUGGGCGAGCACCCGCCCAUCAUGAACCCCACACAGCUCCGCAAGGAGCUGCUGCUGCACCUGGGGGAGGAGAAGUCGAUGUACAUUUUCUACUACAACCCAUACGUGCUGGAGCAGGCCCAGCUGCGGCUGCGCAGCAACCAGUGCGACACCGAGGAGGAGGCGGCCGCGGUCAUGGCAACCGCCCGCUUUUCCGCCAACGUGGCCGGCCUGUUCGGCAUUCUGCUGGACUUUAACUCCGUGAGUCACGAGGUGAAGUUGUUGACACCGUACCUUUCUGCGGAGGAGCACCCGCUGCACUUCAAGGACGACGAGGGCGAGGAGGGGGUCCACGCGCGGCACGACGUUCGCCGUUUCGCCAGCACCUUUUCGAACCUCGUGGUGGAGGAACAACUGGUGAGCCUGCACGCACUCUACGAGUCGGUUCAGCAGUCGGACAAGUACUUGGGCCUCUCGCGUGGUUAUGUGCGCGUCUUCAUGAGCGAGUCUUUCCCGCCAAAGGUGCCGUCAAUGUUCCCACUCUUUGUGCUGGACGGCAGCAGCGCCGGUGGCCUCGUGACAAGCGUGCUGAACGUGAAGAUUGCGCCGCACGUGCUGGGCCUCGCCAUGCUGCACCACCUCUCGGUUACCUUCCUCCUGACGGAGUCGGCGCGUCGCAAGCAGAGUAGCCGGAAUCUGCUUGGCAAGACGAGCGUGUGCGACGUCAAGCUGCGCGGCAUUCCGCUGACGAAGGUAUGCCAGCAGCUGCGACUGCCGCUAUCCAUGAUCGUGUGUGAAAGCAACAAAGGCUCUAUCGAGAUGGCGUACGGGUGGUAUCACGUCUUUCUCCAGCAGCUGCAGAUCGACCAGGACGUGUGCAUCGGCCUCGUCCUACCCUCCCGUCGCGACGGCGCCGCGGAUGGGCAGCCGAACAUCACCGAUGAUCGCUUUGUGCAUCAUCUGCAGCUGAUGAUCGAGUCGAAGAGCGUGAUGCUCAUCAGCUUCGACAUGAACAUCGCCCUGAACGUGCGCAUCGAUUCUAGGAGCGAUCCGGCGCACUUUGCGAUUGUCAUCGGCGUGGAUGAGGAGCGCGGCGUUGUGCGGCUGGCUGACGUGAACGUGAAGCGGUUCCGCAAGACGUGGCACAUCCCGAUCUCGCGUCUGUACAACGCUGUCAUGGGCUACGGAUAUAUCGUUGCUUCCAGGAGCAGGAGGAUCAUCAAAGCCCUAGAGGGGAAGCACUUUCACGAGAACGCGCUGCAGUGCGCGCGCAACUUCCUACCCCCGCCAACCCCGGCGGCGUACCACCGGUUUGAGUACCCGCCCUGCCCGUAUCCGCUGACCGUGCUGGCCGAUGCCGUAGAACGAUUGGGGUUUGCGGGAACCAACGUGGAGCACUUUCUCAACUUCUGCGGCUUCCACAUCUCGUACUUCUUAUCACCGAAUAUGCCCCUCGAGGGGGCCGCGUUUGUGAUCCAGAACUACUCCCACUACGCCCUCGAUGACGCCGUGAGUGUGGCGACAACGCACUACGACUUCUACGAGGGGAACCUACCGCCUAAAGAGGAGGCCGCUGAGGCCGGCGGAACGCCCACAUACCCGGUGCGUUCAGAGGCGGACCUACUGGAGUCUAUCCAGUACGCCAUUGCCGAGCCUGACAAGCGCAAGCUGAUCGUCAGGUACGACGUGAAUGUUCUGCAGGCGGAUGAGACCGUGUGGAACGGUAACCAUGGCAACAGUUUCGCCUUUGUCGUGGACUAUGUGGCGUCGAAGAAGAUGGUAGUGCUCUCCGAUGCGAGCCCGUCCUCCUUCUACCGCUCUUUCGCCUGUCCCUUGGCGGUGCUGUUCAACGCCAUGUGCAGCUGGGACAGUGUCAGCCUCCGUGCGCACGGGACGAUUCUGUUGACAACGGAGGUGACGCAGGAGUCGAUGCACGAGGACACGAAGGGCUACGACAUGGCACACGCUCUCGUGCAUCACCCCUUCAAGCCCAUGUUUUCAGCGGUCUGCUCCUGCCUGGCUCUCGCGUCGACGGAGAUGAUGAUGAACAUCGAGAACCCCAGGCUUCUCAGCGACGCCCCGAUCAGCGUUGAGGAUGAGCAUAGGAAGUACAGGCGCGAGAACAACAUCUUUUCCACCGAGGACUUCCUUUACGCCCUGCCCUCCUUCAGCGUGUGCAGAUGGCGUACACAGGCGGUGGACAUCCAGGACGUCGGCAGCGUGGCCAACAGAGCGUUCGCGACGCUGAAGCUGCCGCUGCGCAUCGUGGAUGUGCUUCAGGAGCAGGGGCCCGACUCUAGGACCGACCCGAAAGCGCUGCUGCGCGCCUGCAACGGCAUCAGCGGCCUACAGACUAUCACCCUCGUCACCUACGAUGCGGGUGUGCUGCACGGCGCUCCAGGCUUAUCCGCGGGCCUCUUGAACCGUGUGCGCCUUUUCGACGACGAGAACAAGGAGGCGACGGUGCAGCCGACAGUGCCAGGUGCGCCGAGGAGAAGCGUGGGCUCCGUGCAGUUGCUGGAGGGUGAUCCGUGCCGCUGGGGUGCGUGCUUCGAGCGCUCUGCCGAGGAGCUGAUGCGCGCCAUCAAGGGUAUCUACCGUGUAGAGGAGGCCAUGCACGAGGACGCGGAUGGGUGA